AGAAGAGGUGUUCAAUCACUUUCGCCAGCUUUCAUCGAGUGGUGCCACCGCUACCACUGCAUGUGGCUGUAGAUCGUCUAGAUCACCUCUCAAUAAUCUGGAAAUUUCAUCUAUAUUGAGUUGAGCCUGACGAAGUCAGUCGGAUGGUUGAGAGGCUGUGUAUAGAUGCACCAGCACUUAUUUAUACCUAACAGGACAUUGCGGUGGACUAUGGACUAGCGGGGGAAUACUAAAGGUCCAGAGCAAGAUAAGAAGCCCACUAUGGUCGACUGGGCCGGCUCUUUAGACAAGGCAGAUAAUUCUCUUGCUGGGUUUUGCUGAAAGGCACGAAGAAAUGUUGAAAGGAUGGAUGAGGCCAUACGCCUCGACUAAACCAAUCACGAAGGCCAAGCACGGCACAGCGGUAGUGUCACUGGACCACAUUCCCGCGUAUCUCUGCCUCGGACCUUCGUCAAUCAUCACGCAGUGGAUUUUGCCGCUUUUUCAAUUCACUGCUGGAGGCUUUAUGGCAGAUUCUCGUCACAUGGCCUUGCGCCCGGCGGCAUUUCCUUACGAAGCUCAUCACAACUUACAGAAAAGGACAUGUCAUCGACAACGGCUGUUCACAUUGGAACAUAUUGUUUUCUUUUCCCGAACGUCAGAUCACGGCUAUUGAUAAUUUAUGUCUCCCGUCCCAUCAAGAUGGACGAGGUGGCCCGUCUCCUCGAGAUAUUACAAGCUGGCCGAGCGGUGUUUCCCGACCAAACCUCUUACGAAGAUGAGCGUGAUUAGGAGGCGAGAGCGUGCGUAAAUGGAGCCCAACAUUCAUGUUCGGCGCCCUUG